AUGUCCAUGAUCACAUCCGCCACCUGGGUGCCGCGCGGCUUCGCGGCCCCCUUCCCCCAGAAAUACGCCUUUGACGAGGCCGAGUUUGAGCGCAUCGCAGAGCUCGCCAAGCUCCAGCUCGAUGAUGCCGAAGACGAUCUCAAGGAGGCGCAGGACGCCGAGGGCGCCAAGGCUGCGGGUGCGAGCGAGGAGAAGGAGAACAAGAUGAAAGAAGAGAUCGACAUUAACGAUGACGACCUCAAGGAGUACGACCUCGAGCACUAUGACGACGACGAUGAAGAGGAAGACGAGGACAGGCCCGGCCAGGGCGAGAGCAUGGGCAUGUUCGGCAACGCCAAAUCGCUGGCCUACUACGAGUCCAACAAAGACGACCCCUACAUCACCCUUCAGGACGAGGACGAGGACGAGGACCGCGACGACAUGCAGAUCCUGGCGACGGACAACCUGCUUCUGGCCGCCAAGAUUGAGGACGAACUGGCCCAUCUCGAGGUCUACGUCUACGAGGACGCUGCCGACAACCUGUACGUCCACCACGACAUCAUGUUGCCCGCCAUCCCGCUGUGCGUCGAAUGGCUCGACAUUCCCGUGCAAAAGCAGGGCGUCGAGAAGGAUGCGACGGCCAACUUUGUCGCCGUCGGCACCAUGGACCCCGAUAUCGAGGUCUGGGAUCUCGACACGAUAGACUGCAUGUACCCUAAUGCGAUCCUUGGCCAGGGCGGCGAGGGCGCCGAGGAGAAGAAAAAGAAGAAGAAGAAGAAGGCCAAGGCCAACGACGAGUACCACGUCGACGCCGUCCUGUCGCUUGCUGCCAACAGGAAACACAGGAACCUGCUUGCUUCGGCCUCGGCCGACAAGACGGUCAAGCUCUGGGACCUGCACACGACCAAGUGCGCCAAGUCGUACACGUACCACACGGACAAGGUGUGCUCGCUGGCGUGGCACACGACUGAGCCGACGGUGCUGCUCAGCGGCAGCUACGAUCGCACCGUUGUGGCCGCCGACAUGAGGGCGCCCGAUGCCAAGGCCCCACGAUGGGGCGUCGAGAGUGACGUUGAGAAUGUCCGAUGGAACCCCCACGACCAGAACUACUUUUACGUCUCGACCGAGAACGGCAUCAUCCACUACCACGAUGUCCGCAACGCGCCUUCCAACCCGGCGGCAACCAAGGCCGUCUGGACCCUGCAGGCGCACGACGAGUCGGUCUCCUCCUUUGACAUCAACCCCGUCGUGCCCGGCUUCAUGGUCACCGGUUCAACUGACAAGACGGUCAAGCUCUGGAACAUCCAGGCGAGCGGGCCCAGCAUGGUUGUCUCGCGCAAUCUGGACGUUGGCAAGAUCUUUGCGACCAACUUUGCGCCGGAUCCGGAGGUGGCGUUCCGUCUCAGUGUGGCGGGCAGCAAGGGCACCAUGCACAUCUGGGACACCAGCACAAAUGCCGCCGUUCGUCACGCAUUCUCCGAACGCGUCGCCGUCCCGGUCAAGGAGGGUGCGGUGGAAGACAGGACAGUGGGUGUCGACUCGGACGACAGUGAAGGCAGCGACGACGAGGAGGAGGGCGAUAACGGCGCCAAGGCCGACCGAAGCGACGAUUCAAUGGAUGAGGAUUGA